AUGUGGACGUUACUUAAAGAAGCGACUCGUUUUACAUUAGAAAAUCCACCAAAUAGACAAGAGGAGGAGGAUGAAGAAGAAGAAAUUGAAUUGAAAAGAAUUAGAGAACGAAGAGUAGAACAAUUGAAAAGUAGAGCAAAGGGUCAAGUUGUAAAAAUCUCUGAUCGUUUUGAAUUUCUCAAUUUAAUAGAACAACAAUCUCCAGACAUUUUUCUUUUUAUUUUAAUUCAUCUUGAAGGAAAUGAACGUUGUGAACAUUUAAAUUUUGCAUUGCUUGAAUUAUCUGGUAUUCUUAAUAAUCAGGAAAAAAUGAAAUUUUACAAAAUUGAAAGUAUUGUUUUGGGGACAACAAAUAAAUUUACAAAAGAAGCACUUCCAGUACUUCAAAUUUAUAAAGCAGGGCAAUUAAUUGGGAAUUUUAUUUGUUUGGAUAAGGAGAUGAAUGAGGAUUAUGAUGGCCAAGAUUUGUUGAAAUUUUUAAAGAGAAAUGGAAUUUCUUUUGGUUAGGUACGAGCAUUUUACUAUUUAAAUUGGAUGUAAAUGUUUGGAAUUUUUUAUGAAGGUUUUUACUACUUUGAUGAUUUAUUGCUUUCGCUUGCGGCCAGAGGCGGGUCGGAAUUCCGAUUUCCAACAAUUUUUCCUUCCGAUUUCCGAAAUUUUGGAAAAAUUUUGGAUUUUCGCUGCUUCCGAUUUCCGACACCUUUGCUGUUCCGACCCAACUUUGCUUGUGGCAAUGGCUUCUUGGUCCUCCAAAAUCUUCGCAUAGAAGAUUUUUCGUAUAAGGCGCUGAAAAGAAAAUAUAAAAAUAUACGUGCAGAAAAUUUGCGCUUGGGACAUUAAAUUAAGAGCCAAAGGCAAUCCGAAAACCUUCGAAAUCCGACCCCCUAGCUUUGAUUUUAGUGAAAUUUUUGG